AUGCCGUGGACUGAUUCGCAGAGUUGGCCAUCGUCACUGAUGGGGCCAACGCCUUUGGCAAUCGGAGUUGCUAUACUCCUCGUUCUCUCCGUCCCUUUGUUCCUUCAUCUAGUGAUCUACCGCUCCACCUCCUCGACUACCUUACCCUCAUUUCUACUCGUUGGUCCAAGUGGCGCUGGGAAAACAGCGCUGCUCACUCUUUUCGAAAGAGGCCAGCACGUUGAAACCCGCACCUCUCAAGUCCCUAUAAGCGUCGAAGUGUCCCUCCCCGUGUCUACGAAUGCCGCGUCCUUGAAAUACAGAUCGGUCAACGAUCCAUCUAAUCAAGUCCACAAAAAGUUCCUACUCGCCGAUACUCCAGGACAUGGGAAGCUACGGCACUACGCUUUCGACGGCGUCAUCAAGCCACAAAAUCUGAAAGGCAUUAUAUUCAUGGUUGACGCCGCGGACAUAUCCAUGGGCAACAGUGGCAAUGGUAACGAAGCUCUUCGCCAGGCAGCAGAGUAUCUCCAUGACAUACUGCUUCUGUUGCAAAAGCGAUCCACCAGUUCGAAGACCUCAAAAGCUCCCAAAGAGCUGCCGAUCCUCAUUGCUGCAAACAAGCUAGACCUCUUCACAGCUCUCCCGGCUCCUCUGGUGAGGACGGCCCUAGAAUCAGAGAUAUCUAAUGUGCGGAGUUCAAAGACCAAGGGACUGUUGGACUCCGGGAUUGGGAUGAAUGAUCUAGAUAUUGGGGAAGAAAAAGAGUGGCUCGGUGAUGGUGGCGAUGGCAAAUUCGAGUUUUCACAGAUGGACGAGGUCAACGUUGCUGUGAGCGUAGCCGGUGGUAACGUUCUCGGUGCAGAUGGCCAGGAUGUAAAACAAUGGUGGGAUUGGAUUGCAAGUAACCUAGAUAUAUUAUUAAAUCUAGUUUAG